UGAUAAAUACUAUUCAGUUGAAGGUAUUUAGUAGCAACUUUUCUCGUAAUUGUUUACUGCAAAAAUGUUUUAUUGCAAAGCUGUAGAUAAGUAAUUCUUCACUGGGAACGUGUUAUACAGGCAACAAGUCAGUCGCGCCAGUGUGUAGUAAGACCGCCCGCGAGACAGUCGCUCCCAAGUGAUUAAUACGAAUAAAUAAUUCCAAAUAUAAUUUUUUAUUUUUAAAAUAAAAAUAAAUAAUCAGUGUUUGUUUUACGAGCAAUCACCAAAAACAUAAAAAAUGACUUUCGUAUUCGACAAGUGCUGCUUCUGCAUAGAGCUGAGGACAGGAUGCCUGAUCAUCGGGUACUUGAACCUGAUCGGUAAUAUAAUAGCCAUUCUGAUGUCGAUCAUCGGUCUGGCAGCAGCUGGCGUGGUGACUGCGGAGGGCGACAAGGAGAAUGGCGCACAGGCCUUGGGCGCCGUCAUGCUGGCGGUCAUCGGCAUCAUGCUCAUCUUCUUUAUCCUGUUCCUCGCAUUCUCCAUUGUACUUCUUGUUGGUCUGCAUAAGCACAAGCGCGGUCACGUGAAGGCGUACCUGAUCUACACCGUGAUCUUCCUGGUGCUGUACAUCAUCAUGUUCUUCGCUGGUUUCGCUGCCUCACACAUCAAUGGUGGUGUUGUCGCCAGGGAUCUGAUCUCAAUUCUUCUGAGCAUUUACUUCAUGUUGGUAAUCAGAAGCUACUACUUGAAGAUGGACGACCCCUCCAACAAACCAGCCGUUUACAACACAGCCUAAAUAAAUAUAUUUUAACAAACAAAAGUUAACAUAGAGCCACAUGUU